AUGAUUAAUUCCACCUUCCCUCUUUCAUUCUGCCGCAGUUACAAACAUAAGCUUAACCUGGGCUCACUGACCUCCUACCUGGUCAGUUAUGUCCUCUCCAAUCGCAAGGGCCAAUCUCCGUUCAUCAGAGCCAAGACGGUCGUUCAGACACUCGCGGCCUUCUUCGCUUCGGCGGACGCGGCCAUCACUGUGGAGCACACGCCCAUUUGGUGCAAGAACAACAAAGGGAUAAACGUUCUGGUGGAGGAACGCGAAAAGCACAUCAUUGUUGAAGAAGCGAAACAAAUAUGGGCCAAGAUGAAAAUGCGGAGCCCGACCACGGACAUGGCUCACAGAAUGACGCACGACGGAAGAUUCUUGGGAUUUCUUAUUUAG